UUGUGAGAGAGCGAGAUCAAAGAAUGGAAUUGACGUUGAGCGAUAACUCUCUGAAAACCUUUGCGCGAUGCAUCACUUGUCUCGCGCGUAUCGGAAAUGAGCUCGCAAUUCAGGCCUCUCCCUCUCAGCUUCUUUUCCACACUAUUAAUUCAUCACGGUCUGCGUAUCAAUCCCUCACUUUCAAACCUGGCUUCUUUGACGUCUAUACAGUUUCGAGUAGCCCCGUGCAAUGUAGUGUGCUUCUGAAGGCUGUUUGUUCUGUUCUUAGGACACCUAUUACAAAUAUCGAUCAUUUGACUGUGAAAUUGCCUGAUCCGGAUGCUCCCAAAGUGCAGUGGAUUUUGGAUUGCUACAGUGGUAUGAGAAAAACCUAUUGGAUUACUUGCAAUGUAGAACCUGACAUACAACACUUGUCCCUUGAUAGGCAAAAAUUUCCAAGCAACUUUGUCGUGAGGCCUCGAGAUCUGAACAGGUUACUUGCUAAUUUUCAGUCGUCUCUUCAAGAGAUCACUAUCAUUGCAACAGAACCUAAUUCUCUACCUCUUGAUGCUGAAAACGAAAUUGGUGGAAAGGCUGUUGAGUUUCGAAGUUAUAUUGACCCAACCAAAGACAAUGACUCAUUGCUACACACCCAACUGUGGAUAGAUCCUCGAGAGGAAUUUUUGCAGUAUGUUCAUACUGGAGACCCAAUAGACGUGACUUUCAGUGUAAAAGAACUGAAGGCAUUUCUUUCGUUUUGUGAGGGCUGUGAAGUUGACUUCCAUUUACAUUUUGAGAAAUCUGGCGAACCUAUUCUCAUGGCACCUAAAUUUGGUUUGGAAGAUGGAACUCACUCAAUUUUUGAUGCUACCCUUGUAUUGGCAACCAUGUUAAUAUCUCAGCUUCAUGAAGGUACUGCUGCAGAACCUCCACCGGUGGCUACCAGAACAAAUGCUGAAACGGAAGAAAGAAAUGGAAAUUACGUGCAGCAAGAGAACUGCAGAACGAAUGCAUCAGAGCUUCCAUCUGAUCACACCCGUAUUUGGUCGGAUCUCUCAGCAAGUGCAGUUAAAAAUAUUAAUGCUUUUGAAGAAAGGCAUGCACAAGGAGGAACUAUUUUGAAUGAUAAUGAGCAAAGAGAUAUUCAAAGGAUUAGUACAAUACAUAUUUCAAAAGUAACAUCGGUUGCAGGAAAUAAUCCCAUUGAUUCCAAUUUCUGCCGACCAACUGAAAAGGAUCAUGUGCAAGAGCCUCAAGAUAUGUUGCAAGGUAAUGAUCAAGUGGUUUCACAGCAUCACGCCAGUAACUGGAUAGAUGCUGAAGAGGAUGAUGAAGAUGAUGAGGAUGAGCAUUACAUUCAGCCAACACCGCCAUACUAUGAAGAACAUUAACUAUGAGAACUCAACUGUAAUUGUUCUCUAUUAUCAUGAUUGGGAUUAUUAUUCUAACCGAAAAGUAUUCAUGGGCAUCCUUCUCAUUUUGGUAUUAUUUCUCUCAAUCAGCUUCCAAAUGAUGGUUUAUGUAUCUGGUACGCGCUGCGUACGUGCUUUGAUACUUGCAUGUUGAUUGCCAAAGUCUGGAUAGAAUACGAAGAUACCCCCACCUUUCAUAAUGUCUAGUCAUCAUGGACUGCUGGGUGCCUCGUUGAAUUAAGAGUAGCUCCGGUAGAUGUAAAUGAUGUAUUGUAGUUUCUUUUUCUGUAUUUACUCUUGAAGGGAAAAAU